GGGGGCGGGUCUUACCGCUGGCGCCGCGAGACGAUUGGCCGAGCGCUCUGCGGCUCUCCACGUCGAUUGGUCGACGUUGCCUACGUCAACAGGGGGUGCUGCUCACAAUCGUGUUUUUGUCAGCGUGACAAGCGCGCUGCAGAAUGCUGUAGUGUGUGUCCAGGAUGAGCCGCGCCGUGUAAAGGAUGGAGCCGCGAUGGGCUGAGGUAUAAUUGGGCAUCCAUCAUUUUUUUUUUCCAGCCGCUUUGCAUUAAAAAGCAAACAGCGUCACUCACGCCUUUGUGAAAGAAUCAAUUCGUGACAAUUAAUGUCAAAGUGCGCACCGGAGCAGCUCAAUGGUGCCUUCCUGGGUGGGACACGACUGCACACGGACAGAUGGCCUUCUAAAAUCCAGCUCCUCGGAAUACACUUAAAUGCGGCAUAAUGCCUUCAAAGGUGUCCUGCCUUUACAUCCUGACAGUGGUGUGCUGGGCGAGCGCCCUGUGGUACUUGAGUUUAUCCCGGCCGACGUCCGCCUACGUGGGCCACAUGUCGCUGCCCAUACGCAAGACGGCGAAAGCCGCCAAAAACGUCACCUUCACCAACAUCCGCACCCGCCCGCUCAACGCGCACGCCUACGAGUUCGUCAUCAACGAGCCCAACAAGUGCCGAGACGGUGCCCCCUUCCUGGUCAUCCUCAUCAGCACCACGCACAAGGAGUUCGACGCCCGCCAGGCCAUCCGCGAGACCUGGGGCGACGAGAGCGCCUUCAGCGACCUGCGCGUCCUCACCGUCUUCCUCCUGGGCAGGAAUACGGACGACGUCCUCAACCAGAUGGUGGAGCAGGAGAGCCAGAUCUUCCACGACAUCGUGGUGGAGGACUUCAUCGACUCGUACCACAACCUCACCCUCAAGACGAUGAUGGGAAUGCGCUGGGUGGCCACCUUCUGCCCCAAAGCGCAGUACGUCAUGAAGACCGACAGCGACGUCUUCGUCAACAUGGACAACCUGCUUUACAAGCUCCUCAAACCCGCCACCAAGCCGCGAAAAAGAUACUUCACGGGCUACGUGAUCCACGGGGGCCCCAUAAGGGACAUGCGCAGUAAGUGGUACAUGUCCAGAGACUUGUACCCGGAGAGCAAGUACCCGCCCUUCUGCUCGGGCACCGGUUACGUAUUCUCCUCCGACGUCGCCGAGCUCAUCUUCAAGACGUCGCAACACACCAGACUGCUGCACCUGGAGGACGUGUACGUGGGUUUGUGUUUGCGGAAGCUGGGCAUCCACCCUUUUCAGAACACGGGCUUUAAUCACUGGAAGAUGGCCUACAGCCUGUGCAGGUACAGGCGGGUCAUCACGGUCCACCAGAUCUCGCCCGAGGAGAUGCACCGCAUUUGGAAUGACAUGUCCAGCAAGAAGCACCUGAGAUGUUGAAGGGCAAAGCGGGGGGGUCCUCGCUUCACCUUUUGCUCCUUCUCCAAAAUCAUCGGUGACGUACUGAAUGACCGAACGAUAAAAUUCAUCCGUAUCGGCACGAAGGUUCGCGCAUUUGACUUGGAUUUAUUUUUCUGACCGUGAGUUCAUGACGUAGUUCCGCGACUAUUCAGUGGAAGUCGGUGGCUCGACCAAAUUCGAUGUCGACCACGCUCGGGAGAUUUGCCAUCCGAACUGUGGACCAGGUUUGCCGUUCACAUUUGUUGGUCCCGAGUUUUUUCUGAACAAAUUAGGGAAGGAAAAUCACUCCACUCACUCACCUCACACAACUUGAUCAUCUGUCUGGAUAUCCAGACUUCGAGGCAAUCAAGACUUUUGUGUGUGUGUGUUUUGUGUGUGAUAACCAAACGGUCAGUACAUGAGAUGAUUCAUAGCGUUGGUAUUUGCAGCCAAUGUUUUUACAAGGUCAAGGUCCGGAAGAACAUUCGUCACACGCAGCAAGUCAAUAAAUGCUUUGUAUUAAGAAAAAGUCGGGUCACCAUUUUUUUUUUUUUUCCUCAAACGUUUGCCCUUUUGAAGAUCGACAGAACUGGUGCUCGAUCUUCGCCUUGGCCAUUAAGGCUGUCGAGAAAUGUGAAAAGGGAGUUUGACGUUGGGACUAUUGGCCAACCAAUCCGUUGUCUUCACGAUGAGAUGCAUAAUGUACGCUCGAAGGCCGGAUUUCCAACUGCAGGUCCAAGUUUCAGAUUCCGAAGAUUUUUUUUUUUUUGACUGUCCGUUUCCGUGUAGCUUUUGGGUGAUACAGAUCUUUGUGCAUACGCGACAGUCGCAUUGGCAAAUGUUUCUUAUUUUUAUCUUGAUUUCGACCAGACUGAUCUGAAGAUCUAAAUUGCCUCACUUGAACCACGCCGUGUAAAUCUCGCUUUUUAUCAACGAAACCAAGUGUCAAAUAAUCAAACGUAUCCGUGACAGUUGAAUUGAAGGCAAGUUGACUUUUCUCCGCGGCGAAAAGGCAUUUGACCUUUUUCACCAAAAGGCUUCUUCCGUUUUUCUUUCGGCUAUCGACUUCGCGGCGGAAUUUGUUUGCAAGCCGACCACUCGCCAGACAAAUUUCUGCAACAAUGACUUUGACUCCAAAGAUUCUCUUUCUAGCGGAAGUGUUUUUGGAAAGGAGAUUCACCACAAUAACAUCCGGUUGCCUUCAGUUCAGCUCGAAUGACUACAACAAAGCGAAUUACCGUAUUUUCCGCACUACAAGGUGCACCCAAAAGCAUUCAAUUGUCUCAAAA